GCUUGAGCCUUCCGGGGUUUGGAGCUGGGACUGCAGAGCUCUGAGCCCACUGAAAGCAGCCAAGGGAGGAGGCGGGGCUCUGGCGAGUUCCCCCUUUCACCUUCCCCCACCCUUUUCUUCCAACCUCCGCUGGGCCCCUAGCUCCAUUCCAGCCUCAGCUGCAGCUGCUCUCUAGCCCUUUGCAGGAUCCAAACGACCUCAACCGCUGUUCCCGGGAUGGUGAUCCGUGUGUAUAUUGCAUCUUCUUCUGGCUCUACAGCGAUUAAGAAGAAACAACAAGAUGUGCUUGGUUUCUUAGAAGCUAACAAAAUAGGAUUUGAAGAAAAAGAUAUUGCCGCCAAUGAAGAGAAUCGGAAGUGGAUGAGAGAAAAUGUACCUGAAAACAGUCGACCAGCCACAGGGUACCCCCUGCCACCUCAGAUUUUCAAUGAAAGCCAGUACCGUGGGGACUAUGAUGCCUUUUUUGAAGCCAGAGAAAAUAAUGCAGUGUAUGCCUUUUUGGGCUUGACAGCCCCACCUGGUUCAAAGGAAGCAGAAGCUCAGGCAAAGCAGCAAGCAUGAACCUUAAACAUCCUGCCUUAAGCAUCCUGAAAAAGGAGUCUCCAUUGUUUUUAUAAAUAAAAUAGCAAAAUUAUCUUGGCUUCAAAAGAAAUAGGCCUAAUGUUGAAAUAAUAGAUUAGUUGGUGUUUUUACAUGUAAACAAUCAAAAUGAAUGCAUAAUUAAAAUGUGAGCAUUAUGAUGAGGAGUAUGGAAGAUGAACAUAAAAUUUUAAGUAGAUGUCAUGGAAUAGUAUUUUUACCUGUCAAAACAUUUUAUGUACUUUUAAUGAUUUUAAAAAGAAAACAUUUGUCCCCCUUUUUUGGUAUCAUUAUUACAAUUUAAGUAUAUAUGUAGCUGCACAUUGAGAAAUUUAAAAAGGAAAGAGUGAAAGAAUAUCUCUUGUUUCCUAAUUGCAUCAUUACUUUUAGUGAACAAAAAUAUGUUCACUUUUUUGAUGUGAUUUAAAAGUAGUGGCAGGUAACAUUUAUGAUAUGUCAGGCAUUGCAAUUUCCUGUAGUAAUUAUAACUACCAUUGUUUUGUAGUUCAAACUUCCGUGUACUGAACCACAGGUUUUCUAGGUUUCUAAGUGUAGCCUUUCAUUGCAUAUUUCAGUGAUCAGAACAGAUGACCUCCCACAUACACAAAAAUGUAUUCAGUUGUCAAGUUCCUUGUUUAACCACACAGUUGUGAUGGAAUCAUGUCUCUAAGUUGCUUGCCUCAGUGAAAUAUGCAUAUGUAUGUUGUAGUAGUGGGAUAGCGAGUAAGUUUACAAUGGCAUCCUUUUGCAAAGAACCUCAGACUUUUACUUAAUUAUUAUAAAAUAGCUUGUCAUUCAUUGCUCAAGACAUUUUUCCUCAGAACUUUGCUAAAAAAUUCUCAGUGGUUUCUCCACUUAAAAAACCUUAUGGUUAUGAAUACCACUGUCUCUCAGAUAUUUGACCUUUUUGGUUCAGCUUAGGCAUAUGUUGUGUGUCUAUGUUAUUCUAAGUGGAGAAUCUUUCCUGUGCCCCGAUUUCAGUGAAUAGCACAAGGAUCAGAUAAAAGGCUCAAUUUUUAAAAUGUUAACUUUGAAAAUUUCUAAGAAGACAAGAAACAGUAUGGACUAAGUCAUUUACCCAGGAGAUAUACAUAUCGUACUUUAGCUACAUACUACUUUAUUACUAAUAACAAACACCUUUUACUUUAAAUUACUUUAUCAUAUCAUUUGAUGUGUACAAGUCUGUGCGGUUUGUCAAAAUCAACAUACAGUGAAGACAUGGCUUUGUUUACUGAGAUUCAAAUUUGAUGCUAUGCUUUAAAAUAAACUCAGUACCUUUAGAAAUGUAAUUUAUGUGUUCCUGGAGUUUCUAAGUAGUGUAAUAGCAAUUUUUGUUAACUAAUAUAUUCUUUAGAAUUUGGGAAAGGAGUAAAGGGAAAAUGACAGAAAAAACAGUAUUUGAGUGCAAUUUCUGAAUUUCCUUUGUAGCGUUCUGAAUUUUGCGGUACAUACUUGAGUCAAACAAAGAGCUAUUCCACUGUUUUAUGUACAAGAAUAUGCUGUAGAGAAAUCUAGAGAAAACUGGGUGCUUUGUAAUAGACUCUGGAAAAUGCUGAACAAACAAACAAACUUGGUCAGUAUUUUCUCCUAAGGCUUUAUAAAGUGUUGGCGAUGCUACUUGCAAUAUUUUAUGUGGACAUUUUUACAUUUAUUUUAGCAUCAGAUAAGUUAACAUGGUCAAAAAGAGACAUUCUUCAAAAACAGAUGACAUUAUUUAGAUGUUUAUAUCUAUUAAAAUAUACCUUGCAAUUAGCAUGUAUAGAUGUUUAAGGUAAAAGUUGGGACUGCGUCUUCCUAAAUUGAAAUGUUUUAUAUUGUCAGCUGAGCACUAUCUGUCUAUAAGAAAGGUAAGUGAAAUUCUGAAUAUUAAUGUGAGCCUAAGUAUUUUCACAAAAUUUGCCUGGACAAUAUAAUCCUUUCUACUUGUUAUAUUA